CUUUUUAAUAAGUUUUUAGUAUAAAAAUAGAAUAAAAAAUAUGGCUGUCCAAAUGACAUAUUUUUUUACUCCUUUGGUGUUGAUGUUGAUAUCAGAAGAAUGUCAUGAUGAGUUUUUUGUUAAAUUCAACAUUUUAAAUGUACCUUGUUUGAAAAUUGCCAUUACCAAAGGACUAGGAUGUGUUAUUAUAGUAGGAUCAAUGAUAGUAAAAGUUCCUCAAAUCAUAAAAUUACUUCAAGCUAAAAGUGGUGAAGGAUUAAAUAUUAUUUCUUUACUUUCGGAAUUAGCUGUGUCAACAUUUUCUAUAACGUAUGCUUUUCAGAAAAGGUUUCCUUUUAGUUCGUGGGGCGAAGCAUUGUUUUUGGCUGUACAAAAUGGUGUUUUAGUCAUUCUAAUUAAUUAUUAUAAUAAGAAGUAUUUUGCAGCGUUUAUAUUUACCCCAAUAUAUUGUGGAAUAACAUACUUUCUUUCGACGCCGAUCGUACCUAUUUAUUGGAUUGUCAAAUUGCAAGAAUUUAACCUUGUUUUUAUUGCAGCCGGUAGACUUCUUCAAAUAGUUGAUAAUUACUCGAUGGGCCACACCGGGCAACUUUCUUUUGUCACAACUUUGUUAAUAACUGUUGGAGGGCUAGCACGUGUUCUUACGUCUCUUCAGGAAACUGGUGAUAUGUUGAUGACGCUGCAGUUUGUAGUGUCAUCAAUGUUGAAUGCCGUGAUUUUGGCUCAAUUGCUUUGGUAUUGGAAUGUUGUACCCGAUAAAAUAAAGAAAAAAGUUCAAUAGUUUAAGUUUCUUAUCUUUUCUAUCGCCUUUCGUUAUUUCUUUGUGAAUUUCCCAAACGUUUAACUAUAAUGAAUGUUAAUUGAUUUUAAAUUAAAUGAUAAAGUUAAAAA